CUCAGUAUGAUCCUGUAGAGUUCCGUCUGUUCACUUUCAUAGAGGAAGAGAGAGGGAGAGAGUUUCUAAUUAGAAUUAAGUUUUUCAUUUACUUUAUUUUUCUAAAGAAGCAUUUCACUACUUUGAGAGAGAUAAUGGCAAUUUCACAAGCUGUCUUGGCUACUGUCUUUGGAAUCCUAGGGAAUGUCAUCUCCUUCUUCGUCUGCCUUGCCCCAAUACCGACGUUCAUUCGUAUAUACAAGAGGAAAUCGUCUGAAGGGUAUCAGUCAGUCCCUUACGUGAUUUCGCUGUUCAGUGCGAUGCUAUGGCUGUACUACGCAAUGAUCAAGAAAGAUGCAGUGAUGUUGAUCACGAUCAACUCCUUUGCCUUUGUCAUACAGAUCGUCUACAUCUCCUUAUUCUUCUUCUACGCUCCUAAGAAGGAUAAGAUUCUGACGGUGAAGUUCGUUCUCUUUGUGGACGUUUUCGCGUUCGGCCUAAUCUUCUUCUCUACGUACUUUCCGAUUCAUGGCAAUAAACGUGUUCAAGUUCUUGGAUACAUUUGUAUGGUCUUUGCUCUAUCUGUUUUCGUUGCUCCUCUUGGCAUCAUUAGGAAAGUGAUCAAAACAAAGAGCGCCGAGUUUAUGCCUUUUGGUCUCUCCUUCUUCCUCACGUUAUCGGCCGUCAUGUGGUUCUUCUACGGGCUUCUCCUUAAAGACAAGAACAUUGCCCUGCCAAAUGUUUUGGGUUUCAUCUUUGGAGUGCUUCAAAUGGUUCUUUUCGUGAUCUACAAGAAACCUGGGACGAAAGUUUUGGAGCCGUCAGUGAUUAAGCUUCAAGACAUAUCUGAGCAUGUCGUCGACGUUGUGAGGCUAAGCUCGAUGGUUUGCAACUCACAGAUGAGAACGUUGGUGCCACAAGACAGCGCAGACAUGGAAGAUACCAUUGACAUAGAGGAGAAGAUGAAAGGAGACAUUGAGAAGAAUAAGGAUAAUAACAAAGAAGCAUUUCUCAUUUCCAAAAAUUAAAAUAGCUCUUUUACACUAUCAAGUGGUCGAUGUGUGUUGUUUUAUGUCUCAGUUUGCUUGGAUGUUAAGUUAGGGUUCAAUGUUUAAUUUGGGUCUGGUCAGUCUCAUCGUGCAUCUCUCCCUCUCUCAUCUCGAUUGUAAGAUAUGUCUUGUUAAAUUAAAAUAAAUGAAUAUGUUGUUUGUCUA